AUGAAGCUCUCAGUCUUUUGCACCGCCAUGUUGGCAAGCUCCGCUAUGGCCCUCAGCAUCCGAGCAGCCAAAGAUCAACCAACUUCAACUCCCAUCACCACCAGGCCUGCGGAUGACCCUAAUCAGGGGAGGCCUGAGACGGACCCUGUUUCUGGGAAGCCGAUUCACUUCAACCGAAGACGCCUAUGA